AUGUGCCUCUCUCGCCGCCUAGUAAGUGUAGGGAUAUGGCAUUUACCUGUUAGAUACUCUACGAAAGCCAACUGUUCUCUCCCUCUAUCUCAAAAAUACCAGGGCACGGCUUUAGGCUUCCUGUCGGCCAAAGUCCCAUAUGACUACCCCAUAUGGAGAAUUUUCCUUUUCUCUCCUUAAUCAGACCCGCUUCCCAGAAUUUUCCUGUAAAUCUUCUCCCUGACCAGUCACCGUAAGAGCAGCUACAUGUCUACUAUCUUGACGAGUUAGACCCCUGCAAGAGCUCGAAUUAAGCUUAUUUCCUUAUUUGGAAACAAUCAGAUUUUCGUUUUCACACUAAAUUACAUUUCUCGAUAACAUUGCUGCUUGAUUUUGAGCCCCAAGUUUCAUAAAAUCGAGACAAAAUUCUUUUAUUAUUAGUGAUGUGCACUUGUCGUUGCAUUUAAAUGCACACUAUCUAAUAAUAUUUAUGACUAAGACUUAAUAAAAUAUUAUUAUAGAAGUAAGUCUCAAGUCAAACAUAAGGAGAUUGAUUAAUUCGUUUGUGAAAAUUAAUUUAGUUUAUAUAAAAAAAAAUUAAUAUUUUAUUAAUAUUUAACAGGAAUAACAAAAUAAAAGGGUGAGGUGAAAGAAUAAAGGAAGGAAAAUGAAGAAAAGGAAGGAGAAAAAGAGAGAAAGAAGAGAGAACUCUCACGAGAGAGAGAAGGGAUGAGAUAUCUCACGAAAGGGAGAGAAAGAGAGAGAAGGAGAGAAAACUCUUACGAGAGAGAGAAAGGAUGAGAUCUCUCACAAAAGGGAGAGAAAGAGAGAGGAGGAGAGAAAUCUCACGUGAAAUGGAGAGAGAGAAAAGUCUCACGAGAGAGAGAGAAAGAGAGAGAGAGAGAGAGAGAAGGAGAUCAAUCAAGAGAGAAGGAGAGAAAGAGAGAGAUCUCACAAGAGAUAGAGAGAGAAGAGAGGUCUCACGAGAGAGGGAGAGAGAGAAAUAAAACAAAAAUGAAGAAAGAAAGAAAUACAGUCAACCCAUUUUCUCGGACGAAUGUGUGCUCGAGGAUUCACACACAUGACAUGAGCUCUCGCAUGGAUUUAUUGGUGCUGCCCUAUUUUUCUUGGGGGGAACUAGUUGUGCCGCUAUUUUUGGAAGUUUUAUUGAAUUAUAAUUGAUAUAUUUGUUUAGAAAUACUUCUAAAUAUCUAAAAAAUCAUAUUUUCUAAUUUUAUAAAUUUUAGAUUUGUGUGAUUUAAUAUACAAUGACUGAGUCACGUCACAUGUCUCGGUGGCCAGCCGAUCGUGGAGCAAGAAGUGUCAUACGCAUGUGUGUGCGUGAGGGCAGAUCAUCUUUUACCUUCUCCCAAGAUAGUCCUAGGUAUUAUUUUAUUUCGAGAGAAUGGUUCUCUAUUAAGAGAGCAUAACUUUGAUAAAUAUUGAGCUUAAUCAUUUAAAACAUUUUGAUGUGGGACUAAAUCUCAUUCAUUUUAGGGUAAUGGUCUAGAGCGCAGUGUGAUCUAACAAUGCUCAGCAUGCCACAUCAUCAGAUAAUAUAGAUCUUGUAGUAGGCAAACCACCAUGAUAUCAUAAACGUAAAGCAAUCUAUUGGCAAUUCAUGAAUUUGAUGCUGCUCAACAAGCACAUGACUAGAAAUGACAAUCCAACGGUGAGCAAAGCACCAUAGUACUAGUGAUAUAUCACCAUUAGGGAUAUAAAGAUAAUAAUUAAUUAUUAUUUGGUAAAAUAAAUAUUAUUAAUUAUCUUUAAAAAUCUGAUGCUAAUUGUAAAUAUAGAAUCUGUUUCUUCUCUCCUUUUACAUGACCAAUGUCUUCAGUGAUCAACAAGUUCAUUCCUUUCUCUCUCGAUUGCACUCAAGGCCUCUAGUGAGUGGUUAGUUCUUCCCUUCUCCUUCUAGACAACAAUGACAACAUAGUCAACUCCUCUCUUUAGUGGAUCUCUCCUACAAGUGGCGCAAUAUUUUUUGAUGAUAUUUCUGCUACUUAUAGAUGAUGUGGUACAUCUGAAUGAAACCAAGCCGCCAUAGUGGUAUCUCUAGUUGCCUAGGAAGGAAACUAAACUUAGUAAAAAUUUAUUUUAUUUAUCUACGUGCUUUUAAUAUUUAUUUAUAUUUUACGAUAAGUUAUUUCCAUUUCAUGCAUUUUUCAAUUAAAAUGAGUAUAACUAAUUUAAAUCCUAAUGAAUAAUUUUUGUUCUUUUUCUGAAUCCUUGUUUUCCAAAACUUGUUUGACAUCAAGCUAAGAUCAUUUUCAACUUAUUUUCUACUGAUUUUUGUAGUUGAAUCUCGACAUAUUCAUAUUCCCGAUGUUCUACAAAUAAUGAGUAUUUUUUAUUUUUGAACAAAAAAUCAGCGAGAUUAAAGGUUGCUUGGUAAAGCCUCAAUAUUGUAUGAUAGGAUAUGCAUAUUUGAUAUGAUUAUAGUUUAAAUGUCUUGAUGAAAGCAUACAUUUGAUGUAAAUAUUUUGUUUAUGUGAAUUUAUAUUAUUUAUUAAAUUACAUAUAAAAAAUAUUGAAUUUUAUAUAUUUUAUAACAUGUAUAUGUUAUUGAAUCAAAAUGUUUCUUUUUAUGGAAUUCUAGAUAUUCUAAUAGAUGAACAAAAUAUAUUUACAUGUAGGGAAAUUAGAAGAAGGGUAGUUUAAAUUUUAAAUAGAUUCUCUAUAAUUUUUAAGUGUUUAAUGAGUUGAAUAGUGGACCCAUUAUAGCCGGCCCAAUAUCAGGUCACUUACCAACUCAUUCUAAUGGGGAGUAUUUAAAGAGAGAGAGGAGAGAGAAAAGGAGGGAAGUGCACACGAUUGCAAGAAAUUAGGGCUCAUAGAGAGAAGAUGGAGGGUGGCAAGUGGAAGGAUAGAAAAUCAUGAUAGUGACAACCACGAGGAUGACGACAAUGUUAACAUCGAUGUGUGACAAGUAGAAAAGCGGCCGAGCACGGUAGUAGUGGCACUCAUGACGGCAACAUCAAUAGUGGCUACGAACUCCCAUUUUUUGUGACUAGUAGAAGAGAUGAGCCCAGCGGCGGCGGCACUCAUGAUGACAACAACAGUAGUGGUGGUGACAAUAGUUGUGGCUAUGAACUCCUAUUUGGCGUAUACGUAGAGUAGGAGACGAGUACGGCGGUAGCGGUGACAAUGAUGACAAUACACUAUUGAUAGCAACAACAACAGCUACAUUCUCAAGCUUUGAAUUGGAUGUUUUAGUUUUUGCACAUGUUUAGUUCUAUAUUUCUUUUUCUUUACAAAUGCUGCAAAUAGUCAAUUCCGUGUAAUUUUCAACACUCACUAAAUUUCAACACACUGACUGUAUAUUUUCUACAAUUGCCAAUACAAUCUAGGGUUCCCUCCCAAAUAGAGGUUUAGUGCUCUGCUAGUAGACUAGUUGGUGGCGGAGGUAUUUUUCACAAAUUUAUAGUAUUUCUCAUAUCAUUUUCCCUUUUUUUCCUUUGAUUUUGAGUUUGUGAAAGAUCUAGAAAAGUUUUUAGGUCUACUUCCUCUUUCAUUCCUUUUUGUGUUUUUAAACUCACCCAAAUAUUUCAUAGAAAAUACUCGUGCAUCGCAUAAUACCAACUUUUCCCUAUGGAUCAACCAAAAUCUAUUAUGUAUUAUAAAUAAUCAAAAGCAUAAUUUGUGAUUGACCUCAUGUCAUGUGUGUAAAUUCUCGAGCAUACAUUCAUUCGACAAUCAUAGUCACCUUGAAAAUAGGUUGAUUGUGUUUCUCUUUCUUUAUUAUCAUCUUAUUUCUCUCUCUCCCUCUCUCGUGAGACCUCUUCUUCUCUCUUUAUCUCUUGUGAGAUCUCCCUCUCUCUCUCUCUCUCUCUCUCUCUCUCUCUUGAUCUAUGUCCCUCUUUUUCUCUCCAUCGAUCAGUCUCCCUCUCUCUCAUGAGACAUUUCUCUCUCUCUAUCUCAUGUAAGAUUUUUCUCCUCCUCUUUCUUUCUCUCUCUUUCACGAGAUAUCUCUUCUCUCUCUUUCGUGAGAGCUCUCUCUUCUCUCUCUUUUCCUCCUUUUCUCUACUUCCCUUCCUUUAUUCUUCUCACCUCACCUUUUUAUUUUAUUAUUUCUGUCAAAUAAUAAUAAAAUAUUAAAAUCACUCUAUAUAAAAACUAAAUUAAUUUUUUAUGAUAGAUUAAUCAAUCUCCCUCUAUUCAACUUAAAUUUUUUAUCUAUACUAAUAUUUUAUUAAGUUUUAGUUAUAAAUAUUAUUAGAUAAUAAGUAUUUAAACACAACGACAAGUACACAUCACUUCUUCCUCAUGAUCACACUCUCCAACAUAUUUCUGUCCUCUUGGCUUGAUCAAGUCUUGGCUUAUUUAUCUUCAGUCACAAACAAAGAUUUAGACUUGAGAUCAUAAUAACUUCAUAAAUUUGCUGACCAUGAAGUAAUAUAUUUAUGAACAUCUCAUUAAAUAUCUAAUUUCUAAUUAAUUUUAACAAUCAUCCUACUUUAGUAAUAUUAGGGUUAAAGAUUUUUAUGUUGAUAAUUAUUCAAUUUCUUGGAGCACCAAUGUGCUUGUCAGAAAGAAAGGCCAAUAUAAUUCUUUGUUUUAGGUCUUGAGUCAUCCAUUUCCAUACUUUUCAGCAAUGAAUCCACAACACAUGUCCAUGUAUCAAUAUUCAUUUGAUUAUUAUUUUACAAUGGUGUGACAUUUAUCAUAACGUGAACCAUAGUUAAUAAAAAAUUACUAACAUGAACCAUAGUUAAUUGCAAGUCUAUGAGCUUAUGAAACAUGCAUAUUUAUAGAACUUAUUUGAUGAAAAUUUCCACUCAUUCUUGAAUGGUAGACAAUCUCUUUUGUAAUUAAAACUACAUGAACCUUCCUUUAAUGUGGCCAUAAAGAGCUAAGUAUGGCAUCAAUGCAUGGUGAUUGACUAUAGAGACCAUAUGAAAAGGCUUGAGAAGAUUUUUCCAUGGAUACAUUCUCUAAUAGAGGACGAGGUUCUAACAUGCCAAACAUUAAGUUAAGGGUGAAAUAUUUUAUCUAAUCUGUUUUAUAUGUCAUGUGAACAUGUAGUUGCCGACAAUUGAGGUAGUUAAAUUGAGCUUUUAGCUUUUGGAUUUGGAUUAAAUUGCAUUUUUUUAAGGGCAUCAAUGGCCUCUAUCUCUCUCUCUCUCUUUCUCUCUCUUUCUCUCUAUCUCCCUCUCCCUCGCCCUCUCUCUCAUUCAAUCCACCCAUCUCCUUGGGUUCCUCCUCACUUGGGCAUAAUGCCAAUACAAUUGCUAUUGGUUUCUGAACUAUAUCAUAGUUAUUUAUGCCAUUAAUUACUUGUAAUAGGAAUAAUUCAAAAUAUAAAAAAGCUAGGUAUUUUUUUCACAAAUAACUUUAUGCAUCAUAAUUAAAUUUCCCAUUUAUGAAUAUUUACAAGUAUAAUUUCUAACUUUAAUUUUAUAAAAUGGCAUUAUAAAAAUAUAAUUAAAUUAGUGAUGUGACUUAGUCAUUGUAUAUUAAAUCACACAAAUUUAAAUACCUAUUAAAUUAGAAGAUAUCAAUUUUCAGAUAUUUAUAAGUAUUUCUACAAGAUAUAUCAAUUCUAAUUUAGUAAAAGUUUCAAAAGUAGUAGGCAAUUUCUAAGUCGAUCAUAAAGAUGUAAAAUAAUAUUUUAGAAUUUUCUGUAAAGAAUAUAUUUUUUUAUGAUUUUUUGACUAAAUAUAAGAAUAAAAUAUAUUUUAAAUUUACGAAAAAUAAUAGUGCGGAUGUCAAGAUGACAUCAAUGACCUAAUUAAUAUAAAUUGAGCAAAAAUAUAAUUUCACUUGGUGAUCUUUGCAUAUGCGAUUAUAAAAGAUUAAUUGGUCAAAUUAAGAUCUAUAAAAGUCAAAGUAAUCGUAAUUAAAUGAAAGAUGGUUUCGAAACUUGAAAUCACACAAAAUAUCACUAAAUAAAGUAAAAAUUAAGUUAAAAAUAUGAAAAGUAGAGUUUCGACUUCGUGAGAAUGAUCUUCAGAAUUUUAUAUAUUUAGAAAGAUUAUUGAAUGAUGUCCACAUCCUCAAAUGUUCUAUUUAGACAUAGAUGAUCUAAGCAUUCACUAGAUCUCUUUUUGGAGUCUAAAAAAUGAUAGUGGAAGUUAAACUAGUUAGAAAAUGAUAAAAUAAAGUUUCAAUAUCGCGAUGACAAUUCGUUAGAUUUCUGAGUAUUUAGAAGGAAUAUUGUACAAUGUCCAUAGUCUCAAAGGCUCGCUUUGGACAUAGACGACAUAGGUAGUUUUUUGACUAUCACUUAGUGGAAUAGAAAAAUGAUGACUUUGUGAAUCUAGUAUGCUCUCAAGAGAUGGCUACAAGUUUUUUGAUCGAUCAUCUUAUUCUUAAUGACAACUUGUUCAUUGAUCAUUCAGAGAUAAUUUACUUGAUAGAUUCAUCAAUCAAUCGUCCUUUUGUUGAUGAUGACACCAUUCGGCAAUUUCAAUAAUGUUAUUUUGCGAAUCAUGUUAAUAAGAUUUUCAUUGAUGAUUGAGUAAUUCUAAUGACUUAAUUAUUCACUGAUAAUCUAUAGAAAAAUUAUGAUUUAAUUAGACAAAAAAAUAAGUUUUAGCUCUAGUAGAAUUCGAAUCUUCAUAAGUCACCUAUCUACAUGAGAGAGAGUGAAAUAAGUAUACACAUAGUCUUAUAAAGUGACAUCAUAAGGGUAUCUACUUCUCGUAAACAAGAGGUGUUGUAGGUAUUAAACUCAUUGAAAACCUUUCAUGAUUGCUAAUUUAGUCUCACAUCAGUUGUUUCCCACAUCUUGAGUUAAAUAUAUAGUAAUAUGAGAUUUGGUGAUCAAUAUGUCCUUUUCUCGUGUGUAUGACAACUCCUUACCUCAUAGUCAAUUAGGCAUCGAUGAUAUGAAAUAGGAGUGACACACGUGUCCUUUAUUAGUCCCUUAGUCGCUCAAGCCCUUUGCUCGUGACUCAACCUAACUAUACUUCUGACCCACUUGUGGGCCCAACUAGUUAAUAGGUUCCUCCCUUUUUCUAAUUUUUUAUUUUAUUUAUUUAUUUAAUUUAUCUCAAAAAUAUGAUUUUAGAAAAAUUAUAUAAAUUCUUAUAAAAUCACAUAAUUAGAAAAAAAAUUCACAUUAACCAACUAAAAAUCACUUUUCACAAUUUAACAUAAAUAUAAGUCUAUUUGUCAUGAAUUAAGGCUAAGACUAUAUUAUUAGUUAAUUCUUAUCUCAUCAUAAUAAAGAUUUAUCAAUGGGCUAAUGUAAUUUAUCCAUGUGGACAUCUUCAUGUGAAUACAUUUAAGCUGUUAUGCACAUUCAUUUGGAUGAUCCUAUGUACAGAAUGGGCAUACUAACAGAAGCAUGAAUGCACAUAAGAGGUGUGCAUCAAGAUGAACCAUAGAAGGUUGACACACUUAUAUGUGCAGCUUUAAGUGGACAGUAUUGGUAUGGAAGAUCAAGGUUCAUUAGAGGUGCCUGUGAACUUUGAAGUUACUACAAGCAUAGACAUGUAUAGAAGAUAUGCAUCGUCAUGAUGUGGCAAGCAUCAGCACAAGCAUGACACACAUAGAGCCAAGGAGGCUCGCACGAGGGUUUGCUGGUCUAGGUGAAUGAUCUUGCUAAAAUAAAACAAGGGUUUGCUGGUCUAGGCUCACUACCAUAAAUAUGCCUUAUCGCUGCAUUCAUUAAGCCAAAAGAGUGAGAGAGAGAGUAGAUGACUUUCGAAGAAGCGUAUAAACGACUUUCUCAUCGCUAUUAUAUAGUCGAAAUGUGA